ACUAGUUUAACUAGUCUAGUUUAACUAGUCUAGCGGCCGGUGUACAAGUCAACUCAGCUAUCUUUACUUUUCCCACACACACUCGCACACAUAAUGCAACGUGAUUGGAUUUGGGGAGAAGGGCGUGACUAAUUUGCCACAUAAAGAAACCUGGAAUGGAGUAGUGGCAAUGUAAUCACAAUGUAAUGUGUUUUGAGGCAGUUGACCAAAAUCCCGGACGAUUUUUAAAUCCCCCCCGGACAUCUUUUUAGGUCUGAAAAGUAGAACAUGUCCGGGAAAAAGAGGACGUCUGGUCACCCUAUUUUUGGACUAACUAAAAAGGUUUAAUUCACCGUCUUAAUUGUUGAUGAAUAAAUAUUUGGUUCUUUGAAACCGAUCAGGUCUGUGGUCUUUUACUGAGCAAAUAUUAGCUGCUGCAAAUUCUGAAUUAUUGGUCAUGAUUUUAAGCAUGCAUUAGAAACAACAUAUCAUUCACUUCACUCAAAAAGUACUUUAGGAAAGACGCUUUCAAAAAUAUUUCAGUUUCAGUUAUUGUUUUUGUGUGAAAAAUGAAAAUAAGCACUGGAUAUGAUUAAGGACAUUAAAGUAUUCUGUAUCGAGUAUAUAGUAUACAGUACAAUUUAACACAUGAAUUUGAAUAUAUCAAUAGAAUAAAAAAAGCAAAAUUAAUUAAGCAAUUCAUCAAUAAAGUUUUAAAAACAAAGCCUUUUUUGACAAAUAAAAAGUGUUGCGUUUUAAUUUACAGUACUACACUAUUUGUACAAAAAAAAACAAUUUAAAAUGUUUUCAAGAUACAAAACAAAAAAAAAACAGACGUUACUUCAUAACACUAAAACUUUAAUUGUGGGAUAUUUUUUCCCCCACUAAAACAUAACAUUGCGACUGGUGGGAUCGAACUCGCGACUCUGGAAUCGGCCUCCCUUUCCCCCCUUCUUCUCCCUUGUUCUGACUAUUGUUCGCUGCCCUAAACCAGUGCAUGAUUGCUCUGGAGAGACCAGAGCUCUGAAGGCAGAUGAAACGCCAGGUCUCUUGUGAAUUGGGGAACAACGAAUCUUGCCUUACGAUGGGAACAGACGCUCACUCCACUUGUGGACAUUGACGCUCCGUUCUGCAUCAGGAAGGAAAAAGCACUCCACCUUUUUUUUUGUUUGUUUUUUUGUAUAUUGCCUCUCUGUUGUGGUGUGGGCUCAGCGCUGUCUACCUUCAUGUGGAGAAAGAAGCUACUGGUGCGCUCUUCGACUCCCCUCUCCUCCUCAUCCGUCCUCUCCGGAUCAGGUCUCUCGCUCUAGGGAUCCGCUUUCCUGGAAUCUCGGUCCUCCAUGUACGAUAACCUCUACCUCCAUGGCUUCGAAGACUCGGAGGCGGGCUCAGCUGAUUCCUACACCAUGUUCCAAAUUAUUAUGCAAAUUGGACUAAGUUGUCAUGAAAAUUUAAGUUUUUCUUUCUCAAUUAAACUCAUGGAUGGUAUUGUGUGUCAGGGCUCUUUGGAUCACUGAAAUCAAUCUCAGACACCUGUGAUCAUUAGUUUGUCUGGUGAGCCCAAAUAAAAGAAAACUACUUAAGAAGGCUGUUCCAUUUUACUAAGCAGGCCACAGGUUUCAAGCAACAUGGGAAAGAAAAAGGAUCUCUCUGCUGCCGAAAAGCGUCAAAUAGUGCAAUGCCUUGGAGAAGGUAUGAAAACAUUAGACGUUUCACGAAAACUUAAGCGUGACCAUCGCACCGUGAAGAGAUUUGUGGCUGAUUCAGAGCGCAGACGGGUUCGUGCAGAUAAAGGCAGAAUGAGGAAGGUUUCUGCCAGGCAAGUUCAUCGGAUUAAGAAAGCAGCUGCUAAAAUGCCCUUACAAAGCAGCAAACAGUUAUUUGAAGCUGCUGGUGCCUCUGGUGUCCCGCGAACCUCGAGGUGUAGGAUCCUUGAAAGGCUUGCUGUGGUGCGUAAACCUACUAUUAGGCCGCCCCUAACCGGUGCUCACAAGCAAGGCCGUAAAUCCCAUCUCAUUAUUGGGGGGGGACCAGAAACAGGAAAAUUUCUUAAGGUCGGCAAAGUUACAGUGAAAUGUAACGUAAAAUGUGGUUUAAAAAGUUUUUAAACCACAUUCAAGCUGCAGAACCAAAAAAAGGACUAGUAAUGCAUAUCAAACGUGUUUUUCUAAGUAAGCAAACUGUUGAGAAGUAAAACUAAAAUUCAACUGUUGCUUAGAUACGAGUUUUGUUCGGUCUCACUGAUCUAAUCUCUGCUACACCUUUUACAAAAAUUUAAGGUUCUAAAUAAAAAAGCUUUAAUGAUCAACUGCUCUUAAUAAAAUUAAUAAAAUCUUAAUAAAAUUCCUCAUAAACAAUGAUUUAUUGUAAUGGCUCCCAAUACAAUAUGGGCUAUUUAAAUUAUAACUUGCUAAGUUGCUUUAUUUUUAAGCCUUUUUUAGUUUCGCCGUGUACUGGAUGACGGAGAACCAACAGGUAGAUAGAAAUGAAUAUAUGGGAAGUAUCAUAACUUAAAUGUAACAUUUUAAGCACCAGGGUAUAUAUAGAAAAAUAUUCAGAUUUUAUUUUGGGGUUUUAAAGGCUGUCCGUUGAAGAUAGUGAGAAAUAACUUUCUGUUUUUUCUAUCUGGUCUCGGCUCCCACACACAGAGCCACUUGCUCAGCCCGUCCCUCCUGUUUCAAACUCUUCUAAUUAACUAAAAGUUAAAGAGCUAAAUGUGACCCCCUAAUGCUGCAAAUUCAACAAAUGACCAUUUCCAGUUCUUUACGACCUAUAAAAUGAUUAAAACUCUGCCGUGCAUAAUAAUUUGGAACAGUGCAUUUUGAGCUUUUUUAUUAUUAUUAUUUUUGAAUAAUAUACUGUUAUCAUUGGGAGAUUUGCUCAAUAAAAUUUAAUUUAAACUCUAACGGUGAUGACUUUUAUUAUACUGGCUCAUUUGCAUCGACCAUUUAGGAAAAUCAGGGAAAAAUAUUAUUUCCAUAAUAAUUUGGAACAUGGUGACUCAGAUGUGUCCCUGGAGGAGGAGAAGGAGGGCGGCCGGCAGGAGAGGGAGCAGCAGGCCACUGUCCAGCUUGAGAGGGCAAAGAGUAAAGCAGUGGCAUUUGCCGUGAGGACCAACGUCAGCUACUGCAGAGCGCUGGAAGAGGACGUUCCUGUCCCCAGCACCGCCGUCUCUUUUGACGCCAAGGACUUCCUCCACAUCAAAGAGGCCCAAAAGAAUCGAAACAGCAACCAUACGACUACUGACCAUUCCCCCGUCGAGCGCCGCAAUCUGAUGCCCGCGGACGAGAACUAUCACAACGAGCGGGCCCGGAAGAAUCGCAACCGCCUGUCCUCGGGCUCACAGCACAGCAGGGACCACUCUCCGCUGAUGGAGGAGGAUUACCAAGACCCCUAAAAAAGAACAACUGUCUUUGCUAU